CAUUCUUCCGUCUUCGUCAGUUCUCUAUCUUUAAGGAGGGUUUCGUAUUAUACCCCCUCUUUCUCUCAUUUAUUCUCUUUAGAAAUACUCAGUAAAAAUUAAUGGCGGCCGCUGAUGUUGAAUUUAGAUGUUUUGUCGGUGGUUUGGCUUGGGCCACCUCCGAUCAGUCACUCGAGCAGGCCUUCUCCCAAUUCGGCGAAGUCAUCGAAUCGAAGAUUAUCAACGAUCGCGAGACUGGAAGAUCCAGGGGCUUCGGAUUCGUUACUUUUAAGGAUGAGCAGUCAAUGAGGGACGCAAUCGAGGGGAUGAACGGACAGGAGCUUGACGGCCGUAAUAUCACGGUCAACGAGGCUCAGUCCCGUGGAAGCGGUGGUGGAGGGGGAUUCCGUGGCCCUCGCCGUGAAGGUGGUUAUGGAGGGGGUGGCGGCGGUGGCUAUGGACGCCGGGAGGGUGGUUAUGGAGGUGGGGGCGGUGGUGGAUAUGGCCGUCGUGAAGGUGGUUACGGAGGUGGUCGCGGUGGGGGCGGCUACGGUGGUGAUCGUGGUUACUCCAGAGGUGGUGCCGCUUCUGAAGGAAACUGGAGGAAUUAGGAUUUUAUUGAUUUUGAGUUGCUAUCAUGGGUUGUUUAAGUAAUUCAGUCUUGAAGUGUCGUAGCUUAUUGAUGCUCUGGUUACGUUACGUGGUUACUGUAUUUUUGACCUGGUGUUGGAGUUGUUACUGCCUUUUCUUGUAUAAAUCAAAGUUUACAUUGUUCCGUUGAAUGAGUAAAUUGAGGUUUUUACAUUUCUGGA